ACGGUUCUCUUAUUCGUAUAUCAUUUUCAUCAUUUGUUGUCCAAUUUAUUUUCAUGUCUUGUAUUUUAUAUCUAAAAUAAAUUUGUGUGAUUUAGUUUAGUUUUAAGAGAUUAUAUUUGUAAAAUUAACUGCAAAAUGCACUAAUAUGCUAUUUCAAUAAUUUGGAUAUUAUUCCUAAUUUUUUUUUAAUUUUUUUAAAUAGAUAAUAUAUUUUGUAUAUACUACAUAUUUUAUACAAAAAAAUGAUUUCAUUCAUUUUACAAUCCGUAACACAUUCUUUAACAAAAAAUGUGAUUUUAUUUAAUGAAAAAUUUAUUAUUUUACCAUGUUUGAAAUUCAUGAAUGUUCGAGAUAUUCAUUUAACCUCAAAUAUUAUGAAAGAAUUUCGAAGUGGAUUUUCCAAAGUAAGAGCUGAUGCAAAAACAAAAAAAAUAGUUAUGGAAGGAGAAAAAACAAUUGAUCUUAUUGAUAUAAAUAAGUCAAAAUCAUUAUUUCCUGAUGCUUCUACACCAUAUCAAUUUUUUGAUGGUAUACAAUAUGAUCAAUUACAUAUUAUUAAUAUAAAAUCAUCUCCUAAUAAUACAAUAAUGUCUCUUACUGAUUUUAAAGGAUUAGGAAUGAUGUUACAUUCUGCUGGACUUGAAGGUUUUAAAAAUACAAAGAAAGGUACUAAUAUUGCGGCACAACAAGCUGCAAUUACAUUUGGAACACGUAUUCUUAAUCAUGGUAUCAAAACAGUCAAAUUAAGAAUACAAGGUAUUGGACCUGGCAGAAUGGGUGCUAUAAAAGGUUUGCAGCUAACAGAAUUAAAUAUUGUUUCUAUCACAGAUGAUACUAGAGUAUCAUGGAAUCCUCCAAGACCAAGAAAACAAAAAAGAAUAUAAGUAAUAAAAAUAUAUGAUAUAUUCAAUAGUUUAAUUUAUAUUAUAUGUAAAAUAUAUUUUUUUUUAUAUAAUUAUAUAUUAAUUAUAUUAUUAAAUUAUAAUA